AUGAGGCGCCGCGAAGUGGCGCUAUGCAAGGAAGCCCCCUCUGAAGUACGGGCUGCCAUCCGGAAGAAGUAUGAGGCUAAGGCUGCAGCGGCGGAUCAGCGCCGCCAGGCGACAUCGGAUGCCAUUGCGUCGGUCACCAGCGGCGGAAAGAGGAGCCGCAUUACUGACUACUUGGAGACGGAUGCGGCAGCUGCGAAGCGCGAUGCACACGAGGCGUUGGCGCUGAUGUUCGCGGCGUGUCGAAUCCUGGAGCGCGUGGCGGCACACCCUCUCUUCAUCAACGCCGUUUGUGCCAUUAGGGACUCCGGCACAGGAUACGUCCCCCCGACGAGGACGUUCAUCGGCGGGGCGGGCUUGCGACUCUGUUGCGAGAACAUCGACAGAGGGCUUUCUGGAGUGAAGGCGAGCUGGAAGCGGACCGGCGUGACAAUUUCUUCUGAUAUGAUGACUGAUAAGAACGGUCGCCCCCGGGCGAACGUGUUUCUCGUCAACGAGAGCGGUGCGGUGUUCAAGGACAGCGUGGACUGUCGCAUGGAGACCAAAACCGGCGGUUAUGUCGCCAGCAUCCUCAGGCCCGUGGUGGAGGAGGUCGGUCCCGAUAACGUGGUGGCGUUCUGCACGGACGGUGGGUCCAACUACGCGGUGGCGUGCAACGAGCUGAUCGCGGAAUGGCCGCACAUUCAACACGUGCCAUGCGCCACCCACGUGUUGGACCUCUUCAUGGAGGACGUCGGCAAGAUGACGUGGGCCAAGAAGGUGGUGGACACUGCGGGCGAGAUCAGCUCCUUCGUCCGCAACCACCACUGGACAAGGGGAUACUUGAGGACCCCCGGACUGGUGGGUGAAAAGAUGCUGCAGGCGCUGAAACCGGCUGGAACCAGAUUCGGGACACAGUACAUUGUUGUGUCCCGUCUCUGUGAGCUGCGGCAGUCGCUUGCACAGAUGGUGGUGUCUGAUGUGUGGAAGGGUUGGGCAGUUGGGGAUAGGAAGAAGUCUGCGGAUAAGUUUGCGUCACAAGUUCUUGAUGACGCGUGGUGGCGGACGGCGGAGUUUUUCUCCAAGCUGAUGAAGCUCCCGUUCAUGGCAAUGCGUAAGACCGAUGGGGAUGCCAAGGGGAUGAUGGGCCGGAUGUAUGAUGUGAUGCUGCAGUUGACCGAGGAUGUGGGGACAGUGGUGGAGGAGGAUGAGGAGCAGCUGAGCUACUCCGACAAAGUGAACAUCCGCCGCCUGCUGAAGAACAGGUGGGACGACAGCCUGGCCUGCCCCAUGCACGUUGCGGGCAGAAUUCUCAACCCGGCGAACCAGGAUGAAGACAUCUUCGGCUCAGACGCGGAGUGCACUAGGGUAUUCAAAACGUACAUCACUCAGCACGCCGAGCACCUGUGCAAUUACGGGAAGGAGGGGGAUGAUGGGGAUGACAUUGGCGAGGUUUUGAUGGAACUGCAGGACGGGGUGAGGGCAUUUCUGGAUAUGAAGGGAAGCUUCGGGAUGGGGGAUGCAAUUGCUCAGAGGAACUUGGUCAAGCAAGGCAAGUAUGACAUGGUAAAGUGGUGGCAGUGGCACGGCACUGACGCACCAAAGCUGGCGGCCCUAGCCAUCAGGACUCUCUCUCAGCCCGUGUCGGCUUCACCAUAUGUCAUGCCGGGUGUGGUGCUCGGGAACAUCCCGGAGCCUCCCGUGCCCGAGGGCUACAAUGUGAUGGAGGGGGAUGAGGAGGAGGAGGAGGAGGGGGAAGACGACAUUUUGGAGGAUGAGUAUGCGUAG